AUGGCCGACGCCAUGUUACCGUCAUUCGCGCCGAAUUGCGCGCACGUCGCCGGGAAGCUACUGGCUCCGCCGUCCCUAUCCACCCCUCGAUCCGCGUCUUCCUCCACGCCACUCCCCGUGUCGAUCUCUUCGCCUUCCUUCGCUGCUGCUCCCGUCGCCACGCCUUGUCUCUCAAUCUCCCCAUCCGCGCCGCUUCUCGAUCGCGAGCCGACCUUCUCGACCAGCCUCCCGGAAAUUGCGCUUCCAUUUGGGGAUCCACCGCUGCCGUCAUUGCUGCCGCCGCCGCCGCAGUCGCCGCGAACGGCGCCGCCUCAAGCUCCGCAACUGCCGCUGCAAUCGCCGGUGAAGCCGAAGCAGCAGACCGGGAAAAGCGGGAAGAAUUGGACUGCUGCGGUAACGAUCGGCGUGGGUUCGAGCCUUGGAGUGGCAGCCAUGGCUGGGGUGCGCUUCGCAGGCUACGGCGCGCAGCCGUCUCUCUUCGACCUCUUUUCGUCGCUCGGCGUUCCGCUCGAUAUAAGGAUGAUCGAGGCUUGCGCGCUGUCCCUCUGGCACCUCUCUUCCGCGCUCUCCUUCCCUCUCCCUCUCCCUCUCCCCUUUCCGUCACUCUCCUCCUCUCUCGACCACAAUUUCAACCUCCUCCUCCUCCUCCUGCUCACCGCUCUUUGCGCCGCUGGUGCCGCGUUUCUUUUACCGCCCUCGACUUCCGCCGCCGGCGCAGCUUCGCGGGGAGGAGGGCGGAACGGGCGCAGCACCAGAAACGGGAUUGGGGCAGAGACGACAGGAUUAGCAGAAACGGCAGAACAGUCAGGGUUGUCAGCAGAAACGAUGACGUCAUCUGUGCCAGCGGGAGCGGCGGGGAGGAGCGAGGGAGGGUGGUGGUGGGGUAGUGGUUGGUGGUGGCGCGUGAGUGUUGACGCCACGGUUAGUGGCGCGGCGGACGGUGCGACGGACGUGUUGCACGAGGGACUAGGCUCCGGAGGAACAACCGCAGCAGCAGCAACAGCAGCAGCAGCCGCAGCCGCCGCCGCCGCCGCCGCCGGGAGGAUGACGAGGAAAAUCGCCAAUCUGAGUGUCGAAGUUCCCGAGGCCUUCUUUCUCUCCGCGCCGCACCAGCCUUCCCCCUCGUCCGCGUCUCCCCGCGUGACGUCGCCCUUCUUCACAGCGUCAUCACCUUGCUUCCCCUCGUCGGACCGCAUCACCUUGCUCCACCGCGCAGCUGACGCCGCCGCCGCCGCCGCCACCGCCACCGCCACCGCCACCGCCACCAGCGCCGCCCUGCUCUCCCCGCUUGCCGCGUGUCCAGCCACUGAUGCCGCCACUGCUGGUGGUACUGCUCUGGCCGACGCUGAUGGGGCAGAAGCAGCAGCAACAGCAGCAGCAGCAGCGGCGGCGGAGGCUUUUAUGGAGAGUGACAGGGGCGAGGUGAACUCGGGGGACUUGGCUGACCUGAUGCUGCACUUGGACUGGUCAUAUGAUGACGGGCUGGGCCGCUGGGACCGGAUUAUCGACCGGGAGAGUGACGACGUGCAGUAUGAGGCGUGGAGGCGAGACCCUAAGAAUGGCGGCCCAACAGAAUACCACACGCUCACGCGCUUUCCCGGCAUGCCAGCGCGGCUGGUAGCAGCAUACUACACGGAUUGCACAUACCACCUGCAGCACCAGUGCGACCCCGUGCUCAAAGCCUUCUCCCCGCUCUCCGCCUGCCCUAUCACGGGCGUGCACAAGGGCAGGUUCGAAAGAAAAUACCCGCUCUGUGCUGCCCGGGAAUAUGUCCUGGCUUGGAAGGUGUGGGAGAUGUGGGGGGGUUGUGGGGCAGGGAGGGGCGGUGGAGGGGCUGGGAUGGAAAGGGAGGAGGAGGAAAAAGGGGAGGAGGGAGGGGUGAGGGGAGUGGAAGGAGGAGAGGUGGUGUUCUGUGUGACGAAGGCGGUGGACGAUGAGAGCGUGCCACGGAAGUCGAAGCCGAAGCGGGUGGAUAUUUACAACUGCGGAUGGAGAGUGCAGGAUGUUGUCCUGCCGGACGGGCGAAAGGCAGCCGAGAUAGAGAUGGUGGUGCGGGAUGACUGUGGCAUUCAGAGGGACAUGGCAAAGAUGGCGUUCAGACGCGGCGCAUGGGGCUACGUGUGCAACACACUCGCACACAUCCGCGGAUAUACGCAGCUGCACCCGCACCUGCUGCUUCCUGCGCCUGCUCCGCCCUCGACUGGGUUUGAGGCGCUGCUAGGGGAGAACAGUGUGCAGUCGCAGCAGCAGCAGCAGCAGCAGCAGCAGCAGCAGCAGCAGCAGCAGCAGCAGCAGCAGCAGCAGCAGCAGCAGCAGCAGCAGCAGCAGCAGCAGCAGCAGCAGCAGCAGCAGCAGGAGCAGCAGCAGGAGCAGGAGGAGGAGCGGGCGGAGGAGAUGGACAGGGUGCAGCAAACCGUGUUGUUAAGCAAGGAUGGCAGCAGCAGCAGCAGAGGUGUUGACCAAGAUGGCAUGUUCCCUGCAGGAGACGCAGCAGCAGCAGCAGCAGCAGCAGCAGCAGCAGCGGGUGUUGGUGCACAGGCAGAAGUGUCGUCGACACUAGCAGCAUUGUCAGCCUCAACAUCAGGAGCAGGUGAAGCAGCUGCGGCUCUCAGUCGGUCCCUUGCUGCCCAGGCAUCGCUACCACGCCUCCUGCGCUUCACACCCCGCCCUGGCCUCUCCCUCUCGCGUGCAUUCAGCUGCAUCCGCUCCGCUGCUGCCGCCACUGCUGCCGGAAUUGGCAGCAGCAGAAGCUUCUUCGCUGCGGCCCCAGCACCAGGCUCCUCAGCAGCACUCUCUUUGUCGUCAGCAUCAGGGCCAGGAGGCUCAGGACCGGGAUCAGCAGCAGCAGGGGCUUCAAUGGCCCGAACUUCUGAUGGCAAACGAGUGCUGCUGCUGAGAGGGGUUGUGCCUGUAGUGGCAGUGGCAGCUAUGGGGCUCGGUGUAGGGGGGUUGCUUGUGGUGCAUUGCGGUGCGGCAGGGGCAGCAUCUAAGGUGCUUCUUGCUUGCACCCUGAGGUCGAUGUGGGUGGGGGCGCAGCGGGAGAGUCCCCAGGAAGGCUCCUCCCAGGCUGGCCGCAAGGAAGCAAGGAAAUAA